AUGCAACAAAUACAAUAUCAAACAAAAUUAUCGAGAUCAUCAAAGCCAAAUUCAACAGACAUCGAAACAGGUACAAGUUAUUGUAGUACAAAUACUCCGGGUUGGUGGAAUGGUACUCAUCCAUCAACUAUUGGUGCAACAACAUCCGGUACCCUAUGUGUUAGUUAUAGUGGAUAUUUAUGUAAUCCAUCAUAUUCAAUUAGUCCGAUUCUUGCAACCAAUUGCAGUGGAUAUUAUGUCUAUUACUUACAAACACUGAGCUGUUAUUGUUGUUGGAUUUAUCCACGAUAUUGUACCAUAUAA